AUGAAUUAUUAGAAUCCUCAAUAAAGAACACCAAAAGCACUUAAGAUUAAUAUUGUAACUAUUUUAAUUCUUUAAUAUCAUAGCCAUCACCAAUAUUAAGAACCUAAUUAAGUCCAACUCAAUUUUCUUCACCAAAACGUGUAGUCCCUGUUACAGAGAUUAUACGCAUUAUUCCUAAUGAUUUACCUGGGACUCCUUAAAAAGAAUCAAUUAGAAAGGCUGAAUUGAGUGUCCCUGAACUUUAGAUUUUUUUGGAUGAUUUAUUGAAAAGAUAUGAUAAAUUAGCUUAAGAUCUUCAAAAGUCAACUUAAAAAGAAAUUCAAUUAUAAAAUGAAAUGAAUAAUCUAUAAUAAGAUACAAAUAACAAAUUAUAAGCAAUUUAUACAGAGAAUUAAAUAUUAUAAGAAACUUUGAAGAAUAAAGAUUAGGAAAUCAUAAUUCUAAAUUAAUAAAUAGAAAGAUUGAAAGAAUAACAAAUUAAAGAAAUUUAAGAUUUGAAAUAAGAAAAUGAACAUGUUCUUGGAAUAUUAACAGAUAAAUUAUAAUAAAUGAAUAUAUUUGCUAAAGAGAAAAUUUCAGAACUUGAAUAAAUAAAAAGUUUAUUAUAAUUAAGAGAUCAAGAGGUUUUGGAAUGGAGAAGUAGAAAAAAUAUUGCAGAUUCAAACAAUUAAGAAAUAAAGUAAGAAAUUAUAUAUCAAGUAAUUUGAAAUUUAAGAUAUCCAAGUUGGAGUAAGAAUAUAAUUAAUUAAUAAAAGAAGAUUAAAAUUUGAAAUCAUAAUUUCAAUAAAAGGAUAAUGAAAUAAAUAUUUUGAGAAAUAAAGUAAUAAUAUAUUUUGUAUGUUUAGUUAUAAUAAGGAUUUUCAUAGAAUGAUUAACAAUUAUUUGAAGAAUUAGAAUAAGCCAGAUAGGAAAUUAAGUAUUAUUAAGAAUAAUUAAUGUAAUAUGAGAAAAAUCAAGACUUUGUAGAUCUAGAUGAUUAAGAAGACAAAAUAUAGGUUUUAUAAAAUGAAAUAAAAAGAUUAAAUAAAUAGGUUUGUAUUUAAAUUAAUUAUUUUAAUUAGUUAAUUGAUAUGAGACAUGAAUUAGAGAAUUAUAGAAUUCAUUAAUCUGAAAAUGAAUUUUUAAAGAGUAAACUUUCAGAUAAGUAAAAUUAAAUUAGAGAUUAAAAAUUACGAAAUGCUUAAUUUUGA